AGCUUUGCCCGACCGCCACAAUACCAGUGAAGAAGACGGGCUUGCUUUUGUGUGAGGUGUAGUUAAACGGGUCAUUUAUAGUGACUUAAAGUAGUUUAUUUAGAUUUAUUUGACUUACGUGUGUCAUGGCUUCUGGAGGAGCAACGCAAGUAGGUGAUGUGGAGGAAGACGCGUCACAGCUCAUGUUUCCUAAAGAGUUUGAAAAUUCAGAGACUUUGCUGAACUCAGAAGUUCACAUGUUGCUGGAACAUCGAAAGCAGCAGAACGAAAGUGCAGAGGACGAGCAGGAGCUGUCGGAGGUCUUCAUGAAGACCCUAAACUAUACCGCCCGAUUCAGUCGUUUCAAAAAUAGAGAGACCAUCGCUAGUGUUCGCAGCUUACUUCUGCAGAAGAAACUUCACAAGUUUGAGUUGGCAAGUUUAGCCAAUCUUUGUCCAGAAGCUGCAGAGGAGGCCAAAGCCCUCACCCCAAGUUUGGAGGGUCGAUUUGAGGAUGAGGAGUUGCAGCAGAUCCUGGAUGACAUUCAGACCAAACGCAGCUUCCAGUACUAAGACAUCGUCUCAUAAUUAUUUUUUUAAUUGCCUGCGGUUCUCUUUGUUUUAUAAUAAUGGCAGCAUUGUUCUAUUCUGCAAUUGUGCUUUUUGUUUAUAAAGCAUUGGUGUUUUAGAAUGAAGUGUUUUUCUUGAUUAUGAUGUAUUGUUUUUUACAAAUAUAGUUGCAAUAAAGUAUAAAACAUUUA